AGCAAAAUCCGUUCAGGGCUUUCCAAAAAAGAUUUUAUUUUAGAUCAUUCACUGAUUUCCGAUAUCGGGAUCGAUACAGCGUGUGAUUUUUAAAUGUACUACAGCAUCUGAUGCUUGCGUUACAGUCCAAAAGCCGUGACCAUCGUAAAAGUUAUCUGUUGCAACCGGUUCUUCCGAAUCCGCAAGUCUGAUAUGAAUUUAAUUGCGCCCGUAGAGCGAUCGAAGGAGCGGAAUAUGCAAAUCAUGAUAGUCGCAUUACUAGCUGCAGCACCCAGCUAGGACCGAAACCGAUACCUCCCAGUUGACCCCACCAUCCACAAGUUCCUGUUGAACUGGACAUACAGCGAAAACUCUCAAGUGGUAUUCACUAUUCAGAGUGCCGGGUUAAAUUCUCACAUACCUUUCCCAUGAGAGCGUUAUUCUUUAUCCACCCUUGCGUCAGACCGGCCAUUUCGAAACCUCAAACACUGGAAGUAACAUUGGAAGGACGCCCUCUGCGAAGACACUGCUCCGCUAUGUCAUGCGGGUACACCCCUUCCAAGUUUAAGCAAUUGCCGCCCUGUAGGGAUGCAUAUCGUAGUUGCACAUCGGCUGCGCCCGCGGGAGAACUGAACCACAUGGGCCUACCAUCACCCUAUCUCUGAUUCUGGAUGAACAAUGGAAUACUGAUUUUGCGACGUAAAAAUAAACUUUGUUGUGAACGAAUUGAUAUCGGGGGUUCUAUUUAUAUUACCAAAGAUGUCCUGCCACUAUUUUAGUGCGCUACAACCAGGCUCGAGGCACACGACAGCCGUCCGAAAGAUCGUUUACCUGAUUGGCUCUGGCUCAAGCGCAAAUACGAUGGUCUCAGCCAGCAAUGCGGCGCUGACACCGUGAAUCUGCUGUGUGGAUCACACUGCGUAGUCAACAAUUCAAUUUCCCUACAUCGCCAUUUUUGCGAAUACCUCACGGAAUCGCCUUCCCUUCGCUGGGAUAACCACGGACAGCCAUACUUUAGGCGCUAGCUGUGACAUAAAAAAUUCGGCUAUUAAACACUUCGGAGUACGCAAGUUCAGAACAUCAACACCACAGCGAUGUACGUGGGGAUACCGAACUUCAUAAGCGUCUGAUUAUACACAGCCAAAUGGGUUCCUUUUACUUUGCUUCAAAGGAAAAGCGGGAGCACCCGGAACCAGGUGGAUUGAUAUCCAGUUGCUGAUACUCAGUUAUCCACGUCAUCUCUCAGACUGCAGCGUUGCAAACGACAGCUGUUUACUUUUAUGGCUCAGCUCGCGAUUCGUGAGCCUGCGUUCAAGUCUGCUUUUUUCACUCAAAGAUUGCAUAGGCAACGAGGGGUCCGUUGAUCUUAUGCUACGUGUAACGCGGAUAGCACAUUGCUAUUUAAGCUGGUUACAACUGAUACGCCAACACUCGGCAACUGACGCAAUCGCGGGAGGAAAAGUUACUUCCCGCCAUGAAAUUCCUUUCAUGAUUGCCAUUAUAUUUGAAUCAGGAGAAAAUCAGAUGAAAGUUGAGAGCGGUGGAUUUUUGCUAUCGCGAAAUUACGCGAUUACAAGUGCCCACGUGUGCAAAUUCUGUGAAAGAAGAACCUGUCGUGCCCUUAUUGGGGCAUGGGAUGUGCAAGAGAAGAAUGAUCCCACAGCAAAAAUUGUGGAUUUUCCUGGCAGAACAGUCAAUCCGUUAUACAAUCCUGACACGACAAUAGGAGUAGUGUACGAUGCUUCUUUACUCAAGUUUUCUCAACCUCUCGAUCUGAACGAGCAUGUUCAGCCGUUAUGCUUUGCGACUCCAGCAACCCGGGAGAUUGCAAACAAAGAUAAGUGCCACGUGUACGGAUGGGGUAACACCAGCCUUCCUGGCCAGCGCGUACACCAUCGCAGUUCAGAAAACUUCGAUCCGGACAUUAUUGCCAUCUCGCCAAAGUUAAAAAAAAUCAAAACCCAAAUUAUGGAUAAAGUUGUCUGCGAUUCCCAAAUCCCAAUUUCUGGUUUUGUUUGUGCUUAUACUCCACGUCUAACCGGCCCUUCGAACGGUGAUUCCGGUGCGCCCCUAGUCUGCAAAUCCAAAGAUAAGUUUUAUUACGCGUAUGGAGUGUAUAAAGGGCUAUACGGAUCUGGGUUCGAGCAUCCGCCGUCUCUCUAUGCAGAUUCGAUGAUAAUUUAUGAAUGGGUCAGAUCAAUAGUCGGGAAUGACCUCAACACGGAUUGCACAACGGACGAAGAGGAAUACAGCUGAAUAUUUUAAAAUAAUUUGCACUAUACUUCAAGCAGUCUAUCGGUAGCAAGUAAUGAAGUAACAGGCUAACUGAUAUUGCCUGUGUAUGCCUUUAGUCGGCAUCAGUCAGUGCACAUAACCAUUAGCGUGCAAAUAUUUAUAUUAAAUAAAAGCAUUCGCUUCUCAACAUUGAAAAAAGCAUCCAACAUCGUUUGAGUAAAUAGCAAUCCUAGGCCGGCGUCAUAUGUAAAUGAAAAGGCCAAAACAAACAGCCGCUGCAUUUCCGCACACUACCGCUAGACAGAAAUUGUUGUGUCUGAAAACGGCCGUAAAAUGCGGUUUACGUCCGCCUUUUUCUACCGACGUUACAAAUCAGCUCAAACAAGGCUUUCCAAAUUCUGGUAAAAGAUUUUAUCCAAAUUUUAUUGCUUCCUAGUCUUUUCCUUCUGUUACGUACUUUGUAAGCUGCAC